UCAUAUCAAUCACAUAAAAAUAAAAGUACGCUCGGCUUUUUCUCGUGUUCCCGCUGACUUCCUGCCGACUCCAUACCCCCAGCUCGCUGCGAUGGCGGCUGCAGCGCAGUUUGUGGUCGAGAGCCCCGACGUGGUCUACAGCCCCGAGGCCAUCGAGGCGCAGUACGAGUACCGGACGACCAGCGUCAGCCGCGAGGAUGGCGUCCUCAAGGUACACCCCUCAUCCACGCGCUUCACCUUCCGGACCGCCCGGCAGGUACCCCGGCUCGGGGUCAUGCUUGUCGGCUGGGGCGGCAACAACGGCUCCACGCUCACCGCUGCCGUGCUGGCCAAUCGACUGCGCCUGUCCUGGCCCACGCGCACGGGUCGUAAGGAGGCCAACUACUACGGCUCGCUGACGCAGGCAGGCACCGUUAGCCUGGGCCUAGAUGCUGAAGGCAAAGAGGUGUUCGUGCCCUUCCACGCGCUGCUGCCUAUGGUGUCGCCGGACGACCUCGUGUUCGAUGGCUGGGACAUAUCUUCGCUGAAUCUGGCUGAGGCUAUGCGGCGCGCGCAGGUGCUCGAUUGGGGGCUGCAGGAACAGCUGUGGCCGCACAUGGAGACUCUGCGCCCAAGGCCCUCCGUCUACAUCCCAGAGUUCAUCGCAGCUAACCAGAGCGGGCGUGCGGACAACCUCAUCCCUGGCACGCGCGCGCAACAGUUGGAGCAGAUCCGAAGGGACAUCCGUGACUUCCGGUCCUCCGCGGGGCUGGACAAAGUCAUUGUGCUGUGGACAGCAAACACAGAGCGCUUCUGCGAACUGGUCCCAGGCCUCAAUGACACCGCCGAAAACCUGCUGCGUACCAUUCAGCUAGGUCUGGAGGUGUCACCCUCCACGCUCUUCGCUGUGGCCAGCAUCUUGGAGGGCUGCGCCUUCCUCAACGGGUCCCCACAGAACACUCUGGUGCCCGGCGCACUCGAGCUCGCCUGGCAGCGCCGUGUGUUUGUGGGCGGAGAUGACUUCAAGUCAGGCCAGACCAAGGUCAAGUCUGUGCUGGUUGACUUCCUUAUCAGCUCUGGCCUCAAGCCCAUGUCCAUCGUGAGCUACAACCACCUGGGCAACAAUGACGGGCAGAACCUGUCAGCGCCGUCGCAGUUCCGCUCCAAGGAGGUGUCCAAGAGCAGCGUGGUGGACGACAUGGUGCAGAGCAACCCGGUGCUCUAUGCACCCGGCGAGGAGCCUGACCACUGCGUGGUUAUCAAGUAUGUGCCGUACGUGGGCGACAGCAAACGCGCAAUGGAUGAGUACACGUCGGAGCUGAUGCUGGGCGGCACCAACACGCUGGUGCUGCACAACACCUGUGAGGACUCGCUCCUGGCCGCGCCGAUCAUGCUGGACCUGGUGCUGCUGACAGAACUGUGCCAGCGCGUGAGCUUCUGUACCGACUCGGACCUGGAACCUCAGGGCUUCCACCCGGUGCUGUCCCUGCUCGGCUUCCUCUUCAAGGCACCACUGGCUCCACCAGGCAGCCCCGUGGUCAACUCCCUCUUCCGACAGCGCAGCUGCAUCGAGAACAUCUUCAGGGCCUGCGUGGGGCUCCCGCCGCAGAACCACAUGCUUCUGGAGCACAAGACUGAACGCCCCAGCCCCAAGCAAGUCGGGCCUGUGGCCACUGCCAGCCUUGUGUCUUGCAAGAAAGAAUUGGCACCAUCGGCCCCCAACAGCUGUACUGGUGAUGCCAACAGGCACUCGCAGGUUGAGGCACCCUUGGUGCACACCACCUGAGGCAGUGGCCAUGCAGCUCCCAGCAACUCCUACCCCUUUGCCCCUCUGGACCCACCCUUCCAGGCCUCCCAAAGACAAUAAAGGCAUUGCCACUAUCAGCUACA